AGCCCACGAACUGCACAGCCAGCAGCAGCAGCGGCAGCAACAACCAAAGAGAUACCAAUAGUAGUAAUAAUGGCGCGGUGGUCGGCGUCGACCGCCGCCGUGCUGGGCGCGGGCCUGCUGCUGUGCGUGAUGGCGCUGGCGGCGUCCGCGCAGCCGCUGCAGCCGGGCAACAUGCAGGUCAUCACCAUGGAAGGCAAGCGCAACAGCAAGUUCACCUGCGCCGACGCCAGGAAGAACUCCAACCGCCCAGGAUGCACGGCCACCUGCCCCAACCGAUGCCCCAAGAAGUGCCUCGUCCUCUGCCCAACCUGCAAGACCUUCUGCCUGUGCGAUUUCUACCCCGGCGUGUCGUGCGGCGACCCGCGCUUCACCGGCGCCGACGGCAACAACUUCUACUUCCACGGCAAGAAGGACCGGGACUUCUGCAUCCUCUCCGACGCCGGCCUCCACAUCAACGCCCACUUCAUCGGCAAGCGCAACCCGACCAUGAGCCGCGACUUCACCUGGAUCCAGGCGCUCGGCGUCCGCUUCGCGCACCACCACCUCUACGUCGGCGCCGCCAGGACCGCCCGCUGGGACGCCGCCGCCGACCACCUCGCCCUCGCCUUCGACGACGAGGACGUCGCCCUCCCGGCCGCCGCCGGCACCCGCUGGUCCCCGCCCACCGCGCCCGCGCUCUCCGUCACCAGGACCGCGCACGCCAACACCGUCGUCGUCGAGCUCAGGGGCGUCUUCCGCAUCAUGGCCAACGUCGUGCCCAUCACCGCCGAGGACUCGCGGGUCCAUGGCUACGGCGUCACCGACGACGACAGCCUCGCGCACCUCGACCUCGGGUUCAAGUUCUACGACCUCACCGACGACGUCCACGGUGUGCUCGGACAGACCUACCGCACCGACUACGUCAACAGGCUCAACGUCACCGCCAAGAUGCCCGUCAUGGGGGGCGCCGACACCUUCCUCUCCUCGGGCCUCUUCGAGACCGACUGCGCGGUCGCAAGGUUCGGACGCGCCGGGGCCACCGCUUCCGCGGCCGCCGGCGCCGGCACUACCGGCAUCGCCAUGGUCACCGACUCCAAGUACCUGUAGAUCGACCAAUCGACCUAUCCAGCAAGCAGCUACUUGCAUACAUCUGAUGAGACGAACGUUUAUUUUAUUUAAUCUCCGAUCCGUAUAAGGAUAUAUGUAUGUGUCCCGACCUAAUCUAAUCAAGUGUUGGUGUAUUGGUUAAUUAGUAUUCAAAUCAACUUUUCUAUAUAUAAAAAAGAGAAAUAAUUCAGGAGCA